AACGAAGCGGGCAGUGUUGACCCGCUCCUUGUUAAUCAGCAAGCGGUUGCCCACGGGGGACAUGAGCGCACGCCCCCCGAUUCCUUGUACAGAUCCCCGUACCCCCGCCCCCAACAGGUUUUGGAAGCAGGGAAAAAAGUACCGAGCGCCUUAAAUAGAACCAUAUUGUCAGAGAAACCUGUAACAUCUGGUUAUAAGGGCCAGGGUACUCCACCGCAUCUCCCCUUUCACCCGCGAGCAGCCUUGAGAGACUAGUCGUCCUAGCCGAUCUCUUUCCAGCCCAGCGAUGCCCAGGAGGGGACGAAAGCACACCCGCCAGAGGAAGAGGCAGGCGCAGAAGAAGGCCGCUGCGGCCCAAGCUGCAGCAGCUGCCCAGGCUGCCCAGGGAGGCACCCCUGCAGCGCCCCCUGCUGUGGCUCCGGUGCAAAACGGCAGCCCCGCCCCAGCGACUGUGACUCCCCUUGUUCCGGUGAAGGUAGAAGACACCAAGAGUUCAACUGCUGUCACAACGAAGCAUGUGGCUGACCCCCUGGAGGCUCUAGCCAACAGUCUGACCCCCUCAGAACCCCCCGUUUCUUCACACUCAAAUUUCACCGGCAGCAUGAUCCAGGAGCAUAGUUUCACUGCAAAGAAAGCCAUGUUGUGUGGGGAGAGAGACAGCACCCUUCCUCCAGGAUACAGGUUUGAAAAGAUGAACAAGAAUGUCCCCGAUGGAAAAGUGGAAGAGAAGCCAGAGGAGGUUCCCACGGAGCCCCUUAGCACUGACAGUGCUCUGGACUCUCUCUCUGCUGGAUUCACCAGCUCCACUGCUCCCUGCACCCAGGCCACACUGAGCUCUGCCUAUCCACCAGCAGAUAAGAAGACCAGGAUGGAGGAGGAGGCCUCAGUGCCACUGGAUGCCCUGAGUGCUCUGAGCGACACCCUAGGAGCCCCAGAACCAGAGCCCGAACCCCCCAAGAUCCGCCCUGAAGAUAUCGUCACGGAGGGUGGACUGACAUCUGAGGAGGGGGUGCGAGUGGGCGAGAGAGAGGAUACCCUGCCACCAGAGUACAGAUUCACAGAGGAGAAUGGGACAGACCUGCCCCCACCUAAAGAGGACGAGCCUCCCAUGGACCCUGCAGCAGCCCUGGAUGCCCUGUCUGGAGAUUUCUCAUCCCCUGCUGUUGUUCACACCUCUGUCAUCACACCAACAGCGCCCGCUAACCAGCCCCCCAUGGAAGCUCUCGGCAUGCUGUCUGGGGAUUUUGACGCCCCUGCAGUCGUGCCCGAUGUCCAGACUGCCAUUGAGCCGGCCCUCCUCGUCGAAGAUAUAGUCGGGGAUGAGAACGAGACAGAUGUUAAACUCAAGAAGACGGCCAUGGAUGACACCUCUGCCUACGAAGCUGUGUCCUGUGAUUUUGGCUCGGCUGCUGUCCCAGUGAAGGCCUUGGGGGAAGAUGCAUCAGACAUGGUCCCUGCUCAAAGCUAAAUUGUAGAGGUGACUUGAUUCAUGUCUCUCACUGGGUGACCAGAGUUCCAGGGAGCUGAGCAGAUAAACGGUUUUCUUUUAAAUGGCGGGAAAGGACACAUAUUGAAGAUUGAAAAAAACAAACAAACAAACACACACACCAACUUUGUGCCUUUGUAACAUAUCCCACACCAAAACGUCAUGUAUGCUGGCAAUGAUUUAUGCAUUUAAGUGUUUGAUAUGUACUUUAUGUGAAAGGAUACAAUUCUUGUAUUUUUUAGUUCAUAUUUCAACAUGUGUUCUAUGAGGGAAGAGUGUACCGUGCUUUUUUUCCCAAUUCCUCUGCUUUCUUUCUAGUCUUCUAGUUCUGACUUAACCCCCUGAUACGCUAUAUGAAGGGAGAUGGCAGUAAUAAUAAUAUCUACUGAGGACUGUAGCAGCAGCGCUUCAGAGCAAUCAGCAUGACCCGAAACAUGGGAUGUCGGUGCCCAGCACAAAAGCACAGAUGAAUGUUAAACAGUUCCAUGACAAACUAACAUUUAGUACAAAA